CUGGUAUUGAGAUUCUAGAGCGACCGAAGAGAGAGAGAGAGUAAAACUAAAAACAAAAGGAGAAUCUUCUCUAUUCUUCUCUCUCUCUGGCAAGCAUAAGAAAGUUGAUUUUGGGGUUUCUGUCUGCGAUCACGAUCCUUCAAUCACUCUGCUUGAAAUGGAGAAAGUGAGGCAAGCAUCUCAUGCUGGCUCUUGGUAUACCGACAAUCCUACAAAGUUGUCAUCGGAUCUUGAAGAAUGGCUAAAAGCAACUUGUUUAACCAAAUCUCCUCUUGUCCGAGGCGUCAUUGCGCCACACGCAGGUUACUCGUACUCGGGCCGUGCAGCUGCUUAUGCCUUUGCAAACAUUGAUCCUACUAACAUUUCCAGGAUAUUUCUUCUUGGUCCAUCUCACCAUUACUAUACUCCAAAAUGUGCCCUUUCCACUGCAAAAAUUUACAAAACUCCCAUAGGUGAUCUACCUGUUGAUGUGGACAUGGUUAAGGAGAUAAGAGCUAUGGGGAAAUUUGGAAUGAUGGAUCUCAAAGUCGAUGAAGCUGAGCAUAGCAUGGAAAUGCACUUGCCGUAUUUGGCUAAAGUAUUUGAAGGGCACGAUGUGAAAGUUGUGCCCAUCUUGGUUGGAGCAGUAAGUCCUGAAAACGAAGCUAUGUACGGUGAGUUGCUAGCUAAAUAUGUGGAUGAUCCCAAGAACUUUUUCUCAGUGUCCUCUGACUUUUGUCACUGGGGCUCAAGAUUUAACUACAUGCAUUAUGAUAACAAUCAUGGUCCUAUACACAAGUCUAUUGAGGCACUAGACAAGAUGGGUAUGGAUAUUAUAGAGACCGGAGAUCCAGAUGCUUUCAAGAAGUAUCUUGUGGACUUUGACAACACCAUUUGUGGGCGCCACCCGAUUAGUAUCUUUCUCCAUAUGAUAAAACAUAGCUCAAGCAAGAUUAAGAUCAACUUCCUCAAGUAUGAGCAGUCGAGCCAGUGCCAGACAAUGCGAGACAGCAGCGUCAGCUAUGCUUCUGCUGCAGCUAAGUUGGAAAGUUGAAACUCCAAAACUUAGAAAACCAAAUGUCUGGUGUUUACAAAUCUUUGUAAUAAGAAAAGUACAAAAACCUGCUCCAUUGACUGAUACAUAACCUAUUGCAUUUCUCUCACAAAGUUGCGUUCAUACAUGGAAAUACAAAUCAAUGGUCUUGAAACUUAGAAACACCUCAAAGUGAGGUACAUCAGAAGUUAACUCUUACGAUCUCCUUACUUUCUGAAUAUUCUGGCAAAGCUUCCUUACGAUGCCGUCUCUCCCUGCUGUAGAUGAUCCAGAACAGAAGCGAGAGCAUCACAGCCGUUGAUAAUAUUGCCAGGCCCACAUAGACCCUGUAACCAGAACGUCUGAGUCCUGGACAGUUGUUAUUGGUUAUGUCUCUGAAGGUCUGCUUUGCGUAUGAACAAUCCUGAAGCUGAACCAAGAACGGUGCGUCGUUGAUCAACCCUGUGCUGAUGUUCACACAUGAUGCCAUCUGACCAUACAGUGCCGGUGUGAGCCUCCCUGUUGUUAUGCAAGUCCCGUUCGUGUUCACUUGGCACACGAAAGUGCUCCAUGCCUGUGAGUGUUGUGGCGUAAACACAAUAGUUUUCAACAGAAGAGGGAUGCUAAAAAUGGGACAUAGAGACUUACUUGAGUAGCAUUGUUCAAAUCG